GCCGAAGCGAAGCAGCUCAUUGAGAAAUCAUCUCAUCUCCAUCCAGCAACACCUGCACCAACUCCUUCAUCGACCUUGAUCACAUAUAUAGGCCCUGGUGGCCACAUAGCACUCAAAGAUGUCUCUCGUCCACUUAGCCAACACCUGCUCCCAUCUCCAAAACGCCACCAAGGCACGCCUAGGCCUGACCUCAAUCCCAGACACAAAAUUCCAUCUAGGUCUGAUGCUCGCCCUACAAAACUCAGGCUUCCUGUCGACCGUCGUGCGCGGCGGUCCCACGCCACCUCCGGCACACAAUCUCCUCUCCCACCCGAGUUCCUCGGACCCAGAACACCCCAUCGAGCAGGUCACCCGGCACAACAUAUCUAGCCGGCGACUAUGGCUGGGUCUAAAAUAUUGGAACAGCUCGCCUGUGCUGGAGAAGAUGUCGCUGGUCAGCAAACCCACGCGGCGGAUAUGGAUGGACGUCACUGGACUACAAAAACUUGUUCUGGGCAAAAAUAGCGGAUACGUCAAGGGUAUGACACGGACGGGCGAAUGUCUCUUCGUCAGCACGGAUCGCGGGAUUCUCGAAGCUAGAGAGUGCGUGGAGAGAAAACUGGGCGGCAUGUUGAUCUGUCGAGUGCGGUGAUGAAAAGAGUCGUUGCGCAAUGUCACGUCCCUUCACAACCACAGUGUGGCCGUCUCUUUGCACAGCAACUCCCCGUCAAGCAUACGGACACCCAUCUUGAUGGGAUCUCGUUCUUUCGGGACGCGAAGAUUUAGCAAGAGUGGGAGGUUAGACUGGAUCGAAGGAGCACGGAGCUUGG